UGCGGCCAUCCAAGCUCAUCCGGUGAGGAUGAAGACCAUCCUGGACUCGGCCUCCUCCUCCUUCCUUUCCUCCUUGCCACCUUGCCGCAUACUAUCUGGAAUACGUAGCCAGAUUGACGAUGAUACAAAGCCAUCACAUCACAAUCACAGAAGGCUAUGUCACAAGCGCACAAGCCUGGUUGAAUUUCGGUGAAUUGUGUGCGGUAUAUGAUGGCUUUUGGUAUAAGAUGGUUGCUUGUAUGAUUGCGAUCCAGAGUGCCACCUUGGGGCAAUUCUAGAGCUCCGUUUUGUCGUAUUUGAGGAGAACCUUGUCAUUCUUGGGGAUUUACGGCGAAUACCAAGAAUCGGUGGAGAAUUACUGGCCGAGUAGGGAGGAAUUUGGGCUGUCGGAACGUGGAUUUGGCAGUUCGUUGUGAGGUUGUGGGCGCUGAGGGAUCGCUCCGGGGUGCGUGAGCGCAGAGAGGGUUUGUGGUGGAGGGAUUAAGUGCUUUUCGUUGUGGGUUGGUGUUUUAGGUAUUGGAGCGGUGAGAGUGGGUGGGGAGAGGGAAGAGAAGUGGGUAGCAGCCAUGAUUGUUAGCGGGGAGUCGAAGACGGGACAGACACAUGGUCGUGUUCGCAACCCACGGCGUCUUGGGGAAUCAGACGCACGUUCUCGUGAAUCAGUGGUGCAGAGCGCCAUGACCAGCAGAGUUAGGGGUAUGACGUCCUCGCCUAUUAUGGUUGACGACGAAGACGAUGAUGUUGUUGUGUCUUCCCCAAGAGCUUUUGCACAGGCCAAAUUGGUUGCGAGCGUGGAAUCUCGCCGCUCUACACGACAUCGAGUGGUUGUGGAAGACGAUCUCGAAUUGCGUCUUGGUCCUGGACCUGCAGGAGGAUCGCAAUAUAGUGUUAGGACACAGUCAAGUAUCACUCAGCCUCCCCGUGGUCGCCGAGGGCGACCAGCCAGGGCAACAAUAGACCUCACGACUCCGUCCAGGCCAUCUCCAGCAAUCCCGGUGCUUGAGGAUUGUGUUCUUCUUAACGACGAUUUUCUUAAGAGUAGAAAACGGAAAAGUUCUUCAAUUGAACAAUCAUUAAUGCAUGAACUUGCUCUAAGCACGCCAGCCAACGAGCCAGAAGAGGGGUGUAAACUCAAGUGUGCUAUUUGCAUGGAUACGAUGAAAGAAGAGACCUCCACUAUCUGUGGCCAUAUCUUUUGCCAAGCUUGUAUUCAAGGGGCGAUCAGUGUUCAGAAGAGAUGCCCUACUUGUCGAAGGAAGCUGACUAUGAAGAACGUACAUCGGAUAUAUCUUUAGAUUUCACGCUGAAUGGGUACGUUUUACACAUCACCAGAACUCAGCAUCACUACUACAACUAAGCGUUGUACAGGUUUAAGACGGAUGUUUCUCAGGUGAACAUUAGGCAUACCAUGAGCGAUUUUCCCAGAAUUGAGCAGAUUCAAUUCAUUAGAUGCAAGUCCAAAUAUUUUGGGUCUUAUUAGAGCUGUUGAAAGUAUGUAGAAAGACUCAUGCCGCGACGAUUACUUUUGCUUGUGUCUAAUCUUUCUCGCUUUGCUCGCAUUGGGAACAUCAAGAGUGGAAUCACUCAUUGUACAUUUGACAUCCGCUUUGCGUUCAAAGUUCAUGUUUCCCUGAUCUAAUUGAAUCAUUUAUGAGUCUUUCUAUUCCUA